AAGCAUUUUUCGGUCUUGGUUCUUCAAGAGGAACUUUGUGGGUUGCACUCUUCCCUCAAGCUUUUCUUCCUUUCUGGAUCCAUCCUGCGCCUGAAUCCAAGCCAACAUGCCUGGUGGGUACAAAGGAGAAUGUGGGGAUGAUGUUGACCCCAUGCCUUUCUUGGCUCCCAGCGAGAAGGAGAAAAUUGAAGCAAUGAGCAAACCGUACGACAUCAAGAAGUCCUGUUGGGUAAAGGACGAGAAGGAAGGUUUCCUGGCUGGAGAGAUCCAGUCGGAAACUGAUACACAAGUCACGGUGAAGACGGUGACCAAUCAGACAGUCACCGUCAAGAAGGACGAUGUCCAGCAGAUGAACCCACCCAAGUUCUACCAGGUCAACGAUAUGGCAAAUAUGACUUUCUUGAAUGAAGCCAGCGUCCUGGAUAACCUCCGGCAGCGUUACGUUAUGAUGAGGAUCUAUACAUAUUCUGGCCUCUUCUGUGUCACCAUCAACCCUUACAAGUGGCUACCCAUUUACGGGGGCCGUGUGGCCCAGAUGUUCAAGGGUAAGAAGCGUACAGAGGUGCCUCCUCACCUUUUCUCCAUCUCAGACAACGCCUACCACGACAUGCUUAUGGAUCGAGAAAACCAGUCUAUGCUUAUCACCGGAGAAUCCGGAGCGGGCAAAACUGAAAACACGAAGAAAGUCAUCCAGUAUUUUGCCAACAUCGGAGGCACCGGCAAAGCCUCUGCCCAAGGGCAGGGUUCUCUGGAAGAUCAAAUCGUCCAGGCCAACCCUGUCUUGGAAGCUUUCGGAAAUGCCAAAACGACCAGGAACAAUAAUUCUUCUCGUUUUGGUAAAUUCAUACGAAUUCAUUUUGGCAGCACAGGAAAACUGGCUGGCGCUGAUAUUGAGAGCUAUCUCCUGGAGAAGUCUAGGGUCAUCUCUCAACAACCUGCUGAAAGAGGCUAUCAUAUCUUCUACCAACUCUUGUCCAACAAGAAGCCUGAUCUUGUUGGGAGCUUGCUGUGUGUCCCGGAUCCCAAGGAAUACCACUGGAUGAGCCAAGGGGUCAUCCAGGUGGAAAACUUGGAUGAUGGAGAAGAACUGCUCCUCACAGACGUGGCCUUCGAUGUCCUGGGCUUCACCGGAGAGGAGAAGAACAGUGUGUACAAACUCACAGGGGGCAUUAUGCACUUCGGCAACAUGAAGUUCAAGCAGAAGCCGAGGGAGGAACAAGCGGAAGUGGACACCACCGAGGUGGCUGACAAAGUCGCCCACCUCAUGGGCCUGAACUCUGGAGACCUUCAGAAGGGGAUUACCAGACCCCGGGUGAAAGUAGGCAAUGAGUUUGUGCAGAAGGGGCAGAACAUGGACCAAUGCCAGAACUCCGUUGGCGCCCUGGGCAAAGCCGUCUACGACAAGAUGUUUAAGUGGCUGGUGGUCAGGAUCAACAAAACCCUGGACACCAAGAUGCAGCGGCAGUUCUUCAUUGGCGUCCUGGAUAUCGCUGGUUUUGAGAUCUUUGAGUUCAACAGCUUUGAACAGCUCUGCAUCAACUUCACCAACGAAAAGCUGCAACAGUUUUUCAACCACCACAUGUUUGUGUUGGAGCAAGAGGAAUACAAGCGAGAAGGCAUCGACUGGGUCUUCAUUGACUUUGGUCUCGAUCUCCAGGCUUGCAUUGAGCUUCUGGAAAAGCCAAUGGGCAUCUUCUCCAUCCUUGAAGAGCAGUGCGUGUUUCCCAAGGCGAGCGAUGCGACUUUCAAGGCGGCCCUGUAUGAUAACCACCUGGGCAAGUCCCCUAACUUCCUGAAGCCAAAGGGGGGGAAGGGCAAAGGGGCAGAAGCCCACUUUGAGCUGGUUCACUACGCUGGCACGGUGAGUACAAAGCAAGAAGCAUAGCGGAAGAAUAACGGG